AUGGCCUCCACGCUCAGGAACAUUCCAUCAAUUAGAUUGAAUGACGGGAUUGAGAUUCCUCUGCUUGGAUACGGCAGUGGAACUGCUUGGUCUAAGAGGACACCUGAUGAGAGCAUCAAUCGCGAACUUGUUAACUCCAUUAAAGGGGCGAUUCAGUUGGGGUAUAGACACCUUGACGGGGCCGAGGUAUAUGGAACCGAGUCUGAACUGGGUCUUGCCAUCAAGGAGAGUGGCGUGAAUCGGGAAGAACUAUUUGUGACAACAAAAGUGAAUACCAACAUUGCUGACAUCCCGGGAGCCAUCGAUCUGAGUCUUCAGAAGCUGCAACUCAGCUACGUUGAUUUAUAUUUGAUCCAUUCGCCGUUCUUUGCCGAGUCCAACAGUGAUCUUCAGAAAGCUUGGGCUGCUAUGGAACAGGUGAAGAACUCCGGCAAAGCACGGUCCAUAGGGGUUUCCAACUUUCUCCAGAGGCACCUCGAAGCCAUCCUGAGUACCGCUACGAUCCCUCCAUCAAUUAAUCAAAUCGAGUUCCACCCUUACCUCCAGCAUGGUAACCUCCUUCAAUUUCAUCGAGACAAUGGAAUAGCAACAGCUAGCUAUGGUCCACUGACCCCGAUCAACCGGGCCAGGGGCGGCCCUCUCGAUCAGAUAUUGUCCAGCCUCGCCAGAAAGUACGCCGUCGGUGAGGGGGAGGUCCUGCUGAGAUGGGCCAUGAAUUGUGGUGCCGUGGUCAUUACAACCAGUAGUAGAGACUCCCGCCUGAGUAGCUAUUUGCGUGCGCUCACCUUCGAGUUAACACCCAAGGAAAUUAACGAAAUAUCAACCCUCGGCCAGCAAACGCAUUUUCGAGCUUUCUGGUUGGACAAAUUCGCGCCUUCCGACCGUUCCUGA